AACCAGUUUUGACAUAUCUUAUAGCACGUAAGUGAUCCUUAAGACAAUAAAGUGUACGAUACCUUGGGGUCCCAUGCUAUUUGAAAAAUCCUUGCAGAGUUCUCAACGUUGCCGCUGACGAUCGCCCAGAGUUUCGUGGUGGGUCUGUCGACGUCUUCUCCAACGAAUGUCUCGGUACACGUAGAGCUGGAGGAACAGACGAAGUUCUUCUUGAAAGCCGGCAAGUCGUACACGCUCAGCGUAUCGCCGAGUCAACCGAAGUACGCUUUUAUAAGUUUACGACAAAACUUCCGAUACUGUGGUGGUGGAGGUGGGAUCGGGAGAUGACAUAUGCUUGACCAUGUCCAUUCAAGACGCCAAGUGUCCAGUUUUUGACAUGUACAAAGAUAUAAAAUAUGAAGGUAUUCACCAAACGAUGAAUAUAAAAGGAGCAGUUACAAUAAGGCGUAAGGACUUCCAAGGCUCGCAAGGCUUCUUCGUGGUCCUCGUAGCGCAUCCCGACGAUACCGAAUGCGGCCAAUCGCAUUCAGCCUUGCCCUCCCCUUUAACAGCUAGAGAAAAGCCAAACGCGGACGCGAACAUCGAGACUAAAGUGACCGUACUAGUUCGCGAUGGCUUGGGCUGGAAAGGAUACACGAAGGCGGCCUGGGGAGCCAUAGGCGUACUACUGUUGCUUGCCGUCAUACUCCUUGCAAUGCAAAUGGCGCUGAACAGAUACGGCACCAUCGCAAAGUAUUGCUUCGAUGGAAAUUUCAGGGUGAUGAAACAGAUGAUAAAAAUCAAAAGCAUGUACAAUUUGAUGCAAAUAGAUAUGUAUCACAUAACCUCAAAACAGAGCGCCUUUCUAGAGGACAGGAAAAACUAUGAAAAUCAAGGAGGCCAUAAAGGCGUCCUACAAUAAAUUGAAAGAACGACUGACGAUACGGCACUUAGACUAUUCUUGUUUCUGGA